CAUAAAUUCCCCUGCUGGUUCACAUAUACGAGGCGUUGAAAAAGCAUUUUCUCCCUCAUUUCCUUUUUCGUUAUGAGAGAUUCAGCACCUCUCUCUCUCUCAUCUGCGCUGCUUCAGCAGCCAUGGCGCCCUCCCAGCUGUUUCUUCAGCAACUCGAUCUAAACUCUUUAGAAGAGCUUACUUCGUACCGAUUUAUCCGCGACUGCACAACUCUGGCUCGAAUCGCCUGGUUUUUUCAGCUUGUUGGGGUUCCAGAAGUGGUGGGAGCUGGUGAAGUGAAGGACAUAGAGGAGGAGGGGAUUUUGAUGAAGAAGAAAAAGGGUGGUCUUAGAUUGAAAAUUAAGGUUGGGAAUCCAUUGCUAACGAGGUUGAUCAGCGGGGCAAUUGCGAGUGCGGUAUCGAUGACAUCAGUUACUCUGUUGGAGACGAUGAUGACGCAUUUGAUGGGGCAAUCUUGUGGACACUCGUCAACGGAAGUGUUUCAGGACAUCAUGAAGAAUGACGGAUGGACAGGGUUGUUUGGGGAUAAUUUGGUGAAUGUUGUACAUGUUGCGCCGAGUAAGGCAAUAGAUGUAUAGGGCAUGGAUACAUCGUUUUUACAUGAAUCUAUGAUGUCUGCAAUUUAUAUCUUUGUGCC